AUGAAACACACCCCUAGUCAGACUGAGCUAUGCUAUCUGCUCCUAGUUAGCUUAGUUUGCAAACUAGAGAAGUAGCAACCACCGGCAAAACGCAACUGCGCAACAAUGGGUUAAUAAAAACAUUUUAUCAGCUAACACUUUGUGGAUACACACGUAAGCUACAGCAGCGCUAUAAACUUACUGUACUUUGUCGUCAUGUCUUCUACAAAGCGUAAAAGACACCACAAGGAUUUAAAGUGUGUCUCCUUUCCGGAUGAUGUGGAAAGUGGGUUUCAGAAAGUCAGGAGAGAGCCGUCGGUACUUUCAUCUGUGUCUUCCGCCAAGAGCUGGGAGAAUUGUGGAGACAGUUUUCUGGACACUCCAGUGAUAAAGAACCUCCAGUCAUCAGGAAGGAAACUGUCUGCCGUAAGAAAGUUGACACAGUCUCCUGCUUCAGUGCGGGCCGGUGCCGCUCACUGUAAUGAGGACUCAGUGCACAUUGCGUGGAGCUCCAGUGACAGCGAACAGUCUGAUGAUGAGACCCGGGAGCAGCAUCUGUCCAAAGUUGUGGCUCAGCAGCAGCAAUGUCCUAAGAGACCAGGGAAGCCCUCAGCACCCAUUCAGUCUUACACCCGAUUGCCACACAUGCUCAGCACAGAUAAAGAUGACCUUCCUGUUAUUGACACAGACAGUGAUCUUGCCGAAUCGGAGGAAGAUGUUGAAAAGGACAGUGGGCAGCAAAUCUCUGACUGUGAGUCAGAUUCCUUUGAUGAAAAACCAGAGGAUUUGCCUCUCAAAUCUACAGUUAUGACAGAGCUACAGAUCUCAGGCUACGUGUCUGAUGACGAGAAUAUUGGUGACACAAUGACCCCGAGCAGGCAGAACCCUGAGAGCUUUCCUCUCCAAACUGGUGAGGGCAGCAAAAGGUCAGUCAGUGACUGGGUCAGAUCUGCUCAGGCGAUGCUGCAGACGCCUCAGAAACCCAUCAACAGGCAGUCCAAGACGCCAGAAGAUUCAGCCAAAAAGAAACGGAAAUUUCAAAGUGGAGGUCUUGCUGAAAGACUGAAUCGACUCCAGGGCAGACAGAGGUCAGCUGUGAGCUUCUGGAGGCACCAGUCCGUCUCUGACACCUCGACCACAACAACAGUGGACAGGCCUGGUGUGCUGGUGCUGGAGGUGCUGGACCUUCAGGAGGAGUGCAGCAUGCAACUGGCUCACUGUGAGCACCGCCAUCCCCAUGCAGAGGGCCACCAGCGCAAUAAUGCUGUCUCUGAGGAGAGAGCACGUAUGCUGGUGUUAUUCAGCAGGGAGACUGCAGCUCACCUGAUCCCUGCACCGGGAGAUAUCAUCCACAUAUACCCACCGUGGCAACGUCUGUCCAUAGAACGUUUCAACUGUGAUAUUAUUCUGAACACACACUUAUGCCAGAAAGUCUACUCUGCCUCCAAACCAGCCAACAUGUCCACCUCUGUGCCUCUGGGCCUUCCCUGCAUAGAAAGGUGCAGUCCUUAUCCUCUGUGUAAAACAUUUGGACUGCUGGAUGUUUGCAGGACUACAGAGGAGAGUGAUGUCAAACAGAUUGCUGCCCUCAAUGACCUGCGUGGUUUUGGAGGAUCAGGAGUUUUGACAAGGCACUGCCUUUCACUCCUGGAAGCUAUUGAGGGGCUGGGCCAGGCUGGCUCUGUGGGGCAGGACGUGGAGGUGGUUGUCCAGAGGGUUUACUCCAUCCAUGUUCCUGAUUACUCUCCCAUGUCCAUCCUCAAGCCUAGAGUUUCUUCCAAGUCUUCCUCAGCUCCCCCUCCUGCAGAAAAAGGCAAAACCAGGCUGUGUGUGCUUGUCCAGGACAGUUAUGGGAUGUUCAGCAUAGUCCAGCUCCACCUCCUGCUCUGCAGGGACGACCUCCACCAGUACGACCACAUGUGGCGGGGGAGGACCUGUGUGCUGAGAGGCAUUAAAGUGGUGCAGCGGGUCACUCGAGAAAGGAGCAGCAGGCUUUUCAGCUUGAUAGACAGUCUGUGGCCCCCAGUGACACCUCUUAAAGAUCAUGGAAACACACCCAGCGACAGCAGACCUGCAGGUCCAGCUCCGGGUUUUUGCUACCUGCUGUCUGGUCAGGAGAGCUCGGUUGAACCCACUGAGGGACCAGUUAUGUCCCCGCUUUACAUUCCCCCCACGAAACGAUCCUUACGAGACAUACUGCAGAAUGAGCUUCAAACCUGUCGCUGCAGUUUUAUUGCCACUGUCAUAUACAAGAGAAUAAUGCAGAGCAGCGAUGUAGGCCACGGUGAGGUUUGGUUGGUGCUGACAGACCCCAGUCUUCAGGAGGAGCAGCCCAAGAGGCCGUGCCGGCGAACAGUGUCCCUGUGUGUGAACACUGCGUGUGUGCCCACUUCCUCUGUCCUCGAAGCACUAAAUUCCCCUGCUGUCUGUCGCAUGUCGUUCAGAGAUGCCAUCAUAGAACACGGCGUCCUCCUGUGUGUGGAGCAGUCACUUAUUCAGAUGUGCUCUGUGGAUCCUGAACUCAGUCUUGAAUCCUCAGCUGGGUCAGAGUCACUUUCACAUUCACUGUCUGAGCCCCAGGCUAGCACUCUGCCCCAACCUGUGAGACUGGAUCCCCUGAGUCCUGAGAUCACACCCAACUCCCUCUGCUUUCUCACAGGAGUGAUAGUUGGUGUGGAUGAGAACACUGCUUAUUCCUGGCCUGCCUGCAGCCACUGUGGAAGCGACAACUUAGAGACGUUAGCUGAAAGACCUGAAAACUUCCACUGUGUUUCCUGUAAGUCAGUGGUAGACAAGCCGGAUACAAGAAUUCAGCUGGAAGUGUUUCUGAGUUCUUCAUUAAGUAACUGCACUUUAAAGGUUAAGCUGCAACAAAAGACCAUCAUGUCCAUCCUUAACACUGCAGCACUGGAGGGUAAUGAGUUCCCAGGUUACGACGUGGAGAAUGUCCUGGGAAAAGAGGUGGGUCCCCUCAGCGUUUACGUCCGAGUCGUCACCAGGAAACCGUCCCUCUGGAUCGGCCUGGAAGAGAUCUGCCUCUGAGGCUGCCAGGGCUGCAAGUAGCUAAUGAUAUCAAUCCUCAGGCUUCAGCUGGCUCCAAGGUUCUGCACACUAGGCCUUGGUCUGAGCUAGUUUACCCCCCACCAACCCCCUCUGAAGGCCUCCCUGACAGCUUGA